AUGCCCGUCGUUCGGCGUGUCUCUAUACCUUUCAAUGGCACCGACCAAGGCAAUGCAACCUUCACGCCUCCGGGCUCCUACGCCCAGCCUAUCGAAGGCGAAAACAUCUGGUGGAAAUACAUGUCCGGGGCUAUAUUGUUGAUUGUGGGAAUCGGAGGCUUCAUCAUCGCCGUCUACUUGUGUGUAGGCAAGCGAAGAAAAGAACGUGCCGAGCGAGCCUCCCGUAAUGCGCCCGCGGUGGGUCGUCCGCCGAAUGCCCCGGUCGAACCGGGGAACGACAACGAAUUGGCAGUGAUCGCCCGUGAUCCACCGCAGCCCCAUGAGGCACCAGACGAUGCCACUGGUGUACAGCAGGCACAUGACGAACCAAACGAGCCUGUCCUCGAGGGUCCGGAGGGACUCGGUCCCGACAUGGUAGGGCAUGGCCACGCUGCUGGAGGCGCCUCAGUCGAGCAAGACGCAGCUGCAGCCGGCGGAGUUGCUUAG